AUACUGUAAUAACGAGAAACUUGGACAGGCAGGUCGCAAACAUGGAUGCGAAUUACAUCCCCCUUGGGGUGAAGAUGGAGGAGCAACCUCAAUCGAGAUCAUUUGGGCCAAAGGUGAUCGGACAGACGCCAGAGGAGAGAAAAGCGAUUGCACGCGAAAUUAGACUGGCGCAGCGGAAAGAAAAGAAGAGAGUCAAGUCCGAGGCCAAACAACAGCGCAAACUGAACGAUCUACUGCACAGGAAAUUGAAUCGUAAUACGGAGAAAUACAGCAAGAAUAAGGACCGGAACAAACAGCGUGCCAUUGAUCUCGAGAGGCAGAAAAUCAGAACCGAUGCAGUCAAGCAAGCCGAGCGCCUCGCUGCCAUUCAUGACCCGAGCGGUAAGAUGUUUAACGUGGGCGAAAUAAUCAUGCUUCCUGGAGGAAUUGUCAAGUCGAAAGAAGGGAUACGAAAAGCGGCAGAAGCCAAAGACAAGAAAGAUAGAGAUGAAGCAGAGCGAAAGGCUGCUGAGAAACGCUACAAAGAUGCUGAGCAGGCUGCCAAAUUUGAAGCCGAGGAAGCUCAGCGGGCUGUUGAUCAGGGACUACCAGCUCCAACAUUCUGGCCAGCAAAGGAAACACUGAGAAAUAUGCAGCGUCCUGAGAGGAUAAGUAAGAAGCAAUUGCAGCGACAAGAACAGUUGAAGCCUCAACCCAUUCCCCCGAAACCAGUCAUACCCGAGGGAAUCAGCUUGCCUGAAGGAGAGGAGGAUCUUCUUGCGCUAUGGGAUAUCACAGAUGAACAAAUUACAAAGCGACUGGCGAAUAAGAAGAGAGAAAAGGCCGAAUCCAGGAAACAGCUUAUCAAGAUCCAGCAAGAAAACAAGAAGCUUAAUAAAGCCUUGAAAGUUAGAAAGAGAGAAGCUGAAAACGCUGGAAUCAUUUUUGACAAGGAGAAAGCCAGGAGGGAUAUCCUAGCUGCGAUGACCAAAUCUGCUGACCUCACAUCUAAGUCAGACUCAGACCCGGAUUCCGGCUCCAGCUCGGAUUCGGAUUCGGAACUAGAGGACGAAAAUGUCGAGGUGGCCAGUGGAAAGAAGCUAAAGGCAGCUCCGGCUCCAAAACUCAAUCUCGAGCUUAUUGAAAAAGCUGCUGAAAUCGAGAGAGCUCGUAAGGAGAAGAAACAAGCGGCAAAGACUAAUAGGCGCCAGGAACGGAAGCAGAAAGCCGCAAAGGAAAUGGCAAGACUUGAAGCUGAAAAUCUAGCUGAGAUUGAGGCAGUAGAGGAAGGUCACACGGCUGAUGAGGCUAAGCAGUCGAGAAGGGAUAAAAAAGCUGCCAAAGCAGCAAAGAAGCUUGCUAAGAUUGCCAGCGGAGACUCGACUUCGCAAAAGCGGAAACGAACCGAGGAUGAAGACGUAGCUUCUCACGAUGAACCUAAGCAGGACAAGUCUCACAAGAAGAAGAAAUCCAAGUCGGAGACCGAGAUUGCCGAAGUCAACAAGCCCGCUAAAAAGGUUAAGAGGGUGGAGGAGGGAUGUGACAAGAGGGUAGACAGAGCUAUUGCUGAGCGAGAAGCGAAGAUGGUUGCGGAAGCAGAGGUUGAAAAUGAUCUUCCUACACAUGGCGCCGAGCAGUGGAACCCAGAUGCUCUGACUGGAGAUGCGGCCCGGAAAGAUAAAUUCCUUCGCUUACUUGGUGCUGGGAAGGGGUCGAGCAAGGGAGUCGAGAAGAGCCAGAAGAAAAAGGAUACUGGUGUUGACAUUGUCAGAAUCCAAGAAGAACUCGAGCGCCAAUUCGAAGCAGGCGUGAAGAUGAAGCAUGAUGGAGGAUCUAAGAAGCGUGGACUUGGCGCAUAAGGGCUCAUGGGUAGAUAAUUGAAUUACUGCAUUACUUGGCCGAUUGAUUUG